CGCAAAACAGUACACUUCCAUCAAAAACAUUUAUUAUCAGAAAGUCCUUCAUACAGACUGUCACACAGUUAAAGUGUAUUCAAAUCAAAUAAUUCCAUAAAACUAUUCUAGAAAAUUAUCCAACACAGUUAGAUAAGAUGAAGUCUUUGGUGCUCUUGGCCGUUUUGGCUGUAGGUUUUGCAAACGCUGAAUAUUGUUACGAUGAAAGUGUUACUGCUUGUUCAUCGACUGCCAAUAAGGAGGAUCUCCCCCAUUGUAACGCUCUCUACUCCGGUUUCCACACUGUGGCUGCCGAUUUAUCAUCAUACGUUAAAAGAGAAGUCCUAUACUCCUACGACUACUUGCUGAUGUCCACACACUUUGGAAACUAUGAAAAGAAUCGUGUUGGCUUUGAAAAACUCUUCAAGGGCCUCUCCGACAAGUCUUGGGAAAACGCAAUCAAUGUCAUCAAAUACAUCACCAAGCGUGGGGGCACUGUCGACUUCCAGACUACUCACAAUGUCAACACUACUCGUGUAGCUGAAACAUCAGAAUUGGAAAGUUUGGCCAGGGCUUUGGAGAAUGAGAAAGUGCUCGCUAAGGAUGUCCAGGCUAUUCACAAACGUGUAUCCAACUCCGGACACAAUAAUGACAGACAUGAUGCAGAGACUGCUUCCUACCUCGAAGAGAAGUUUGCACACAAACAAGCCAACACAAUCAGGCAAUUAUCAGGUUACACAAACGAUUUAAAGAAAUUGAUCAAAGACAGCGAGCCCUCUUUAGCUUUGUACUUGUUCGAUGAGUACUUGCAGAAGGCAUAAAUUAAAUAAAUAUUUGUAAUUUUAUAUAUAUAUGUAUAAUUGUUCACAAGUUCGGGUAUGAUAUACUUUUUAUGAUUUUGUUUUUAAAGGCCGAAAUGUAAAUGUUAUUAUUUGGAAGCAUAUUAUUGUGAUGGAUUAAUUAAUGAGAGUUAUGUUUAAAGUGAUACAGAUAUAAAUAUAGAAUUACGUUGAAAGAUUUUAUAUGUAUGUAUAAUAUUUGAUGUGUAAGAUAUGAAAUAUUUUCAAAAAUAAAGAAAUAAACUG